AUGACUUAUUCUUAUUGGAAGCUUGGACGUUGUGACGAGCACGCCACAUUUGAUAUUUUCUUCCGAAAGAAUCCCUUUGAAGGAGAGUUUACGAUUUUUGCUGGACUGGAUAAUGUGGUUAACCUUUUAAAGAACUUUAAGUUUUCUAACGAGCAUAUUGAAUAUCUGAAGAGCCAAAUGACCACGUGCGAGCCCGAGUUCUUUGAUUACCUCCGCUCGAUCGAUUCGAGCUCCUUGACUGUGUACUGCAUGAAGGAAGGCUGCAUGAUCUUCCCUCACGAGCCGAUUAUCCGUGUGGAAGGUCCCAUCGCCGUGUGCCAGCUUCUCGAGACUCCCUUGCUGUGCAUGGUGAAUUACUCCUCGCUGGUCGCCACGAAUGCAGCUCGUCACCGCGUGGCUGUGGGCGAUUCGAUCGGUCUGUCCGAGUUCGGUCUGCGUCGCGCGCAGGGCCCCGACGGAGGCAUGACGGCGUCGAAAUACAGCUAUCUGGGCGGGUUCAACAGCACGAGCAACGUGCAGGCGGGCAUGCUGUACGGCAUUCCGAUCAGCGGCACGCACGCGCACAGCUACGUUCUGUCGUUCGACGGGCUGAAGGACGUGAAGAACCCCGUGCUGAACGGCGUGAAUCUCGUGGAGGAGGCGCUGAAGGUGCGGGACGAGAACAACUGGCCGGAGGCGCGCGAGAGCGAGCUGGCGGCGUUCAUUUCGUACGCGCUGAGCUUCCCGAAGGCGUGUCUGUGCCUGAUCGACACGUUCGAUGUGCUGAAGAGCGGACUGCCGAACUUCAUCUGCACGGCCGUGGCGCUGUACAAGGCGGGGUACAAGGCGCUAGGCAUUCGCAUCGACAGCGGCGAUCUGGCGUACCUGUCGCGCCGCAUCCACAAGACGUUCGAGGAGAUGGAGAAGAAGUACAAUGUGCCUCUGGGCUCGAUGGGCGUGGUGGCGAGCAACGACAUCAACGUGGACGUGCUCUACUCGCUGAACAAGCAGAACCAUCAGAUCAACAGCUUCGGAAUCGGAACCCAUCUGGUCACCUGCCAGGGCCAGCCCGCGCUGGGCAUGGUGUUCAAGCUGGCCGAUGUGAACGGCGUGCCGCGCAUGAAGCUGUCGGAGGACCCCGCGAAGAUGACGACGCCGGGGCGGAAGAACGUGUACCGUCUGUACGGCCAGGAAGGCUAUCCGCUGCUGGACUUGGUGCAGCUGUGCGAUGAGGAGGCUCCGAAGGUGGGGGAGCGCGUGCUGUGCAUGCACAUCCACAACCAGAAGAAGCGAUGCUACUGCACGCCCUCGAAGGUGGAGUGCUUGCUGCAUUGCAUCUGGGACAAGGAGAAGGGACAGGUCUACGAUCUGAUCCCGCUGAAGGAGAGUCGAGAGUACGUUCUGAAGCAGCUGCAUGAGGCACGCGAGGAUCAUAUUCGCUACCUGAAUCCGACGCCGUACAAGGUGUCCGCGUCGACGCGUUUGAGCGAUUAUGUGAAUACGAUUUGGACAUCGAUUUGCCCGAUUACAGAGCUGGAUUAAGUAAAGAGUUUGAUACUUAUGAAUGGAAUGGAAUGCGUGCAUUCGCUCAUGCUUUACGCUUGAUUUGUGGUUAUAUUUUCAGAAUAU